AAGUGUGUUCGACGCGGAGAAAUGGCGACUGUCGGGACGUGUGGCGUACCGCGUACGUGGACCACGCUCGUUGCCAUGCAAAUUUAACUGCACUUGACUGCACUGCAGAGUGCAGUGUAGUGACGCCUCCAAUAUAACGACGCUUUAUGACGUUCUAUAUUCCAAUUUCCACGUGCAUGGAAUUCGGAUUCUCGUAGUGAAAAACAUAAUAAAUCAAGCUGCAAAUCAAGAGCUAUCACGAUGAUCAUUCCUGUGCGGUGCUUUACCUGCGGAAAAGUCAUUGGAAAUAAAUGGGAAGCAUAUUUGGGACUCCUUCAAGCAGAAUAUACCGAAGGAGAUGCCUUGGACGCACUAGGUCUGAAAAGAUACUGCUGUCGUAGGAUGCUGCUUGGACAUGUAGAUUUAAUUGAAAAAUUACUUAAUUAUGCACCGCUAGAGAAAUAAAUUUUAUUUGUUAUGCCGACAUUAAUUGGAUCUUUUUUGGAACAUUUACAAGAUACCUGAUGUGUAUACAUAACUCCAUAAUGUAUACUGAAAAAACAAUUAAAGUUACUCUGUUGUACAGUCUUUAACAUUUUAUAUUUUAAUAAUGCGCUUGUG